UACGUCCAUUCACAUCCCAUCCAUCCACCCGUCCACUAUUUUGUCUUCAUAUUCAUCUCUCACCUCACUUGUUUCUGUGAACACUCCUACUAGUACUCCUUUUCUCAUAAAGUAUAACCUGCAAUCUGCAACCCCAUUUACCCUUCCUCUGCUCCAUUCCCCACCAUUUUUAAAUCAAUAAUCAUCCUUUCAAUUAACUCUCCCAUUUUAAUACUCUCUCUAUCAAGUCUCAACCAUUUCUUGACUGUAAAAAUGGGUUCAAUUUUAAGACAAUUAAGUGCCAAAGAAGGCUGGAAAUCAACAUCAAGAAGAUGGGCAAGUAAUAGUAGUCAUAGAAGGUAUUCUUAUGGAGGUGAAAUGGGUUCUUGUUGGAAACAAAUGAAUAAUAUGUAUGGAAAUGAAUAUGGGUUUGGUAAUAAUGGUAGUGGAAUGAUGUCUCAAAAAAGGGUAAUGGUUGUUGUUGAUGAAUCUUCAAGAUCUAAACAUGCAAUGAUGUGGGCCCUUACUCAUGUUACCAACAAGGGUGAUUGCCUUACACUUCUUCAUAUUAUUUCUGAUUCUUCUUCUUCUACUCCUACUCUUGCUAGCUCCCUCGGUUCUCUUUGCAAGGCUUGCAAACCUGAGGUGGAAGUAGAAGCAUUGGUGAUACAAGGUCCAAAGCUAGCAACAGUAUUGAGCCAAGUGAAGAAACUAGAGGCAUCUGUGUUGGUUCUAGGCCAGAAGAAACCCUCUCCCAUAAUCACCUGUCUAUUUGGAGUAAGCAAUUCUGAGGAUUUUGUGGAACAUUGCAUCAACAAUGCAGAGUGUUUGACAAUUGGUGUUAGAAAGCAGAGCAAAGGCAUGGGUGGCUACCUGAUCAGCACCAGAUGGCAAAAGAAUUUCUGGCUCUUAGCCUGAACAUAUAUUUUUUAAAAAUAAAUCUCACUUUUUUUAAUAAUUACUUCUAUGUAAUUUCCUAAUUCUGAUUAGAGGUAGUAAUAUUAAUUAAUUUUCUAAACUGGGAAUAUAAAACAUGUAGAACUGUAGAAUUGUAGAAGGAAUGAAGAACAUUACUCCUAUUAAUUAAGAUUAUUAAUUAUGUAGUAAUAUUGGGGUUAUACUAUGACCCAUUAUGUAAUUAACUAAUUAUCAACUACUAAUAUAUAUUCAAGUAUUCAUCUAAA